AUGGCCUCUGAAUCGCGGUUAUAUGCUUUCUCCCCGGAGACAAGAGAGAAGCUCCGCAAGUUCCGCCUGGGGACUUCCCGCGCCAAAGAACCGCAAGCCGUGAUUUACAUCAUCGACAGCAAAAGCCAAGAAAUCCGACCCGAAGAUGGCGAGGUCUACACGAAGAUGGAGGACCUAGCGGACGAGCUCCCAGAGUCGUCUCCACGGUUUAUCCUCCUCAGCUAUCCUCUGACACUGGGCUCCGGCCGUCUCGCGGUCCCCUACGUGAUGCUAUACUGGCUCCCCGAGAACUGCAAUCCGUCGCAGCGGAUGAUGUACGCUGGUGCUGUGGAACUCAUGCGGAACUCGGCCGAGGUCAAUCGGGUGAUUGAGGUCGAGACUGAUGAGGAUAUCACGGGUAUCGAGGCGAAGCUGCAAAGUGAGGAUUGA